UUAAUAUUGACUUUUCCGAUUUUGCACUUUCACAUUCUCGAGGUUUGUUGAGUGGAUUUUGUGGAUUUGAGGGACAGAGUCAAUUUACUGCUUGUCUCUUUCUGUGUGUCCGCGUGCACGAACGCAUGCCUCUGUCCCUCCGCGUGUGCGUGUGUGUGUGUCCAUUUGUGUGUCUCAGAGGAUCCACAGCACCUGACCCACCCACCCACCAGCACCACCACCACCACCAACACCACCACCACCACCACCCCAGGGUGUUUGUCCUGAGAGCUGGGAGCAGACAAGGAGACACGGUUGUGAAGCCAGGGCUGACGGUGGAAAAGGUGCCGGCUGGGACAAAAGGAUAGCAGGGGAGGACGGAAGGACAAGGGCACAGCGAACAGGAGGAGAAACCACACAGCCAGCAGGAGUUGUUAGCAGGAGGAGCGUUGACGUUCAGCCGAAGAUGAGUACGUACACAGUGACUCUGAAUGGCCCCGCUCCAUGGGGCUUCAGACUACAAGGAGGGAAAGACUUCAAUAUGCCGCUCACCAUCUCAAGGAUAACUCCGGGCAGCAAGGCAGCGGGCGGCAGCCUGACCCAGGGCGACAUCAUCUCAGCCAUCGAUGGAGCCAGCACCGACGGGAUGUCACACCUGGAGGCCCAGAACAAGAUCAAGUCUGCCUCCAGCAAACUGUCGCUCACAAUGCAGAAAUCAAGGCGUCCUGCUCCAGUUCCCACAGCAACUCCAAGAAUGGACUCACCCAUGCCAGUCAUCCCCCACCAGAAGGUUAUCGCAAACACAGCUGCAAAUGUGGAAUAUACUCCCAGCUUCAACCCCAUAGCUCUGAAAGACUCAGCCCUGUCUACCCACAAGCCCAUUGAGGUGAGGGGUCCGGGAGGAAAGGCCACUAUCGUUCACGCUCAGUACAACACACCUAUCAGCAUGUACUCACAGGACGCCAUCAUGGAUGCCAUCGCAGGGCAGUCACAGGCCAAGGGACACGACAGUGAGGAGGCUGGCUCCCCCUUGGCUGGAGCUCUGCCCAUCAAGGACCCCGUGGUCGACUGUGCGUCUCCGGUGUACCAGGCAGUGAUCAGGCCUGGAGAGACAGCCCAGGACAUGUCUGAAUGGGCUCGCCGUGCUGCCAACCUGCAGUCUAAGAGCUUCAGGAUCUUGGCCCACAUCACUGGCACUGAAUACAUGCAAGACCCAGAUGAGGAAGCCCUGCAAAGGUCGAGAGAGAAGUUUGAGUCGGAGGUCAAAGGGCCCCGCUUUGCCAAGCUGAAGAACUGGCACCACGGACUGUCUGCACAGAUCCUCAACAUCCAGGAAUAAAGAGGAGAAUGAGAGAAAGCAACUGGCAGGAGAAGGAGGACAUGGACAAAAACCACAGGAGUUAACAGGAAGUGGGCAUAAAAUAAGGAGGGAGUAAAAGGAGCAGGAGGAGGAGGAAACUCCUCAGGAAUGUGAGAUAAACUUGUAGCCUUGAUUAGUAGAAUGUGAGAAGCUAAAUGUCAGUGUGAGAAUGCUAUGUGUUCAUAAGGUCAAAUGUUAAACGCCUGCUGCCAUGAUCUGAUCUCGCAUUUGGAUUUUUCUUUCUUUCUUUCUUUCUUUCUUUGUUAUCUGUGUGUUUCGGUUCUGCCUCUCUUAAGCGAAAAGGGAGAUUGUACAAAAAAAAAAAAUAUGUUUUGUGAAAUAUAGUGAAAAUGCAGAAUUGAUGACGUUUCUUUUACGGCCCACUACACGAACCGCGUGCACAAACAAACAUAUGAGUUUUAACACCAUGAGCAUUUCUGUGAGGCGACACACAAAGAGAAAUACACACAUUUAUCUACAUGCACAAAGUACAGUAUGUAAAAAAAAGAAAAUGCACUCAAAAACUGUAACAAUAUCAAUGUGAAUAAAUGUUUUCUUAAACCAAA